CGGGCUCAUUUGCAUUAGCGGUAAACACGCGGUUUGAAACACCUGCUACCAUGGUUCUCGAUUAGUUUGUUUCUAAUCGUGCGAGAGUAAAGACGGAAAGUGCAACUCAGAAUCAACACCUAUUGAAAAUAAGUAAAACAAAAUGUCACAAGUUAUAACAAAAUCCUGUCUUAGUGCCCAUGACCAACAAGUAUUGGAGUCUGUAUUUAAUCCACUGGAAUUAACAUCAUCUUUGGCCCCUGAACACAUUAAUGCAGACUCCACCGAAAUUUUGGUAGAUGCAGAUGAUUAUGAUUAUCCCGAGGAUAUCGUGAAUAAAUCAAAAACCCUUGAAAUUGAAGCAGUUAAAUUGAUUGAAGAAAAUCAUUUGGACACUGCGGCUUUAGAAAAGUUUGCAGAAGCAUUGAAAUUGACACCAAAACGUGCUUCAAUUUAUAAUAACAGAGCUCAGGCUUUGCGUUUAGCGGGAAAAGAUGAAGAUGCCUUCGACGAUUUAGAUAAGGCCAUUGAGUACGGUGCUACUCAACUUAAAACUAAAUGUCAUGCCUAUUGUCAACGUGGUGUUCUCUAUAGAAAAAAGGAGAAACUCGAUGAAGCAAGAAGAGACUUUGAAGAAGCGGCUAAAUUGGGUAGUAAAUUUGCAAAAACCCAGUUGGUGGAGAUUAAUCCAUUUGCGGCGCUGUGUAAUCAAAUGUUACGCCAGGCAUUUGAUCAAUUGAAGUAAAAUAGCAGGUGUCGAAGAUUAAAAAUAAUUUUAAGAAUAUUUUAUAGAAUAGAAAUUUAAAAAAUAAAUAUUAUAUGAAUGGCAAAA